AUGGCAUCGAUCGUAUUGAAAAGCUUGUCAGUACUUUUGGGAAUCUUUUUUAUUUUUGUUGGCAUAACCAAGCUGACACCUUUAAUUUCAAAAGAAUUACAUAAAGAUCUGAGAAAGGAGUAUGUGAGGUACGCUAAGGUCUUCCCGUUCACGGAAAUGUUGGAUUUCAAACUACCUUCCAAAUACUACCGGCGCACCGUCGGUGGGCUCGAGAUAUUGUUCGGACUAGCUCUGGCUAUAAUACCGAGCCAUAAAAUCAAGAACACAGCGAAUGUAGGUCUGGUGUUGUUGAUGAUACUGGCGGCCUACUCUCACGUGAUGGUGGGCGAUCCAUUCGAUCGAUGUGCCCCCGCUCUUGUGUUCUUCUUUAUGCUCACUGGAAGACUCGUUGUAUGGUACCAGACUAGCAGACGAGAGGAAAUGGAAAAGGCGGCGACCACACAGAAUGGGAACGGACUCAAGAGAGACUAA